AUGGCCGACGUCCAAACCUACAAGUUCAAAGUUGGAAUGUCCUGCUCAGGCUGCAGCAACGCUGUUAAUCGUGUCUUGACUAAAACUCCAGGUGUUCAGAAAGUUGACAUCUCUCUGGAAAAGCAAGAAGUUCUCGUCCAGACAGAUGCUAGUCUGGACCAAAAUGCUGUAUUCGAGGCCAUCAAGAAGAGCGGCAAGCCCGUUGAGGCCUUAUUGUGA